UUGCUUCUCUGACGAAGAAAACCUUCGGAGUUUGGUCAACAAGAUUUCAGAACUUAGACCUAAUUGAACCAAGCGCUUACAUGCAGCCAUUAACUUCAGAAACUGAAAUUUUUUUAAAAAUUUCAGCUUGAUGCUCCAGCUCCUGCCACUGCUAUUAAACUUGGCAGGAGCCAUUCAAACGCCACUCUUAUUUAUAUCUCUCAUUCCCCCCACACCAUUCGCUAUCCCCAUCUAUCUAUCUCUCUCUCUAUCUUUCUCUUUCUUUCUCUCUCUCUCUGUAAAAAUGGCCGGAACCGGAGUAGUAGCAGUGUACGGAAACGACGCAAUAACAGAAGCAAAGAAAUCCACUUUCUCCAUUAAAGUCGGCCUCGCCCAAAUGCUUCGAGGCGGUGUCAUCAUGGACGUCGUUAACGCCGACCAAGCCAGAAUCGCUGAGAAAGUCGGCGCCUGCGCUGUCAUGGCGCUCGAGCGAGUCCCGGCCGACAUCUGAGCCCAAGGCGGUGUGGCUCGGAUGAGCGACCCUCAGUUGAUCAAAGAGAUCAAGAACGCCGUCACGAUUCCCGUCAUGGCCAAGGCUCGGAUCGGCCACUUCGUCGAGGCUCAAAUUCUGGAAGCGAUUGGAAUCGAUUAUGUUGAUGAGAGCGAGGUCUUGACUGUCGCUGAUGAUAAGGGGGUUUGGAUGGAUAAAUUGGUCUAUUAAAAAUUAAUGGGACUUGAAAGAGU